AUGCGGUGCUUUGCCCAGCUGUCUCUCUUCUUUGCCCUCGCCGCCCCCGCGGUGGCUGUGGCAGAGCAGCAUGAGGCCUGUCAAGACGUGCCUGCUAGCUUUGGGAUAAGCGAGGAUAAGUGGAAACGCUGGAACCCAUCCAUUGCCAAGUCUUGCGACAACUUUGCCAUUGAUAGGUCUUACUGUGUUGAAGCUGAGGCGGAGCCUGUAACCACGACGACCGCGUCCGCCACUUCAACCACAACCACCGAUUCACCUUCUACCACAACGGCAGCGAAGCCUGACAAUGGCAUUUCCACCCCGACGCCUAUCCAGCCAGGCAUGGUUGACAACUGCAACAAAUUCUACCUUGUCAAGAGUGGCAACACCUGCCAAAGCAUUGCCCAGGGGAGUGGGAUCACGCUCAAAGAGUUCAUGGCCUGGAACCCAGAUGUUGGAGCAACCUGCACCAGCCUGUGGCUUCACGCACACGUCUGCGUGUCCAUCAGCGGCUACACGCCCAGCCCGACCAACCCAGGAAACGGCAUCGAGACGCCGACUCCCAUACAGCCCGGAAUGCCCGGCAUCGUCAAGCCAUGCGACAGGCUUUACCAGGCCAUCUCUGGCGAUACUUGCCAGGGCAUUGUGGACAAGCACAGGGGUUUAAGUCUCGACAACAGCUACAAGUGGAACCCUGCCGUUCAUAGGGACUGCACUGGACUCUUGGCUGGCUACUACUACUGCGUCAGCGUCCCGAAAGCGUUCCAGCUCGAAACCCGGUACCAUGCGGGUUGCACUGGCGACGUGCACAACAGGGUCACCGUUGAGAACGGCAGCGAUGGCCUAUGCAUUGACACUCAAUGUGCGGCUGCGUCUACGAAUAUGGCCGUGGCGGGCUCGUGCCCAGACGGACAGGUUCAGUUGAGUUACUGGGAGAAGCCGGGUUGCUCGGGUAAGUGGUUUGGCUACGGCUAUACCAGUAGGGGGCAUCUGCAAGAAUAG